AUGUCGUCCGCUAGAAGCAGUCGUGACUAUGAAGGGGAGUCGUUUGACGAUGCCCCCGAAUCUAUCGAGAACCUCCAUGUAACCAUUCCUCAAUCUUCAUCCUCACGGUCAUUGACCGAUAGUCCGCCCGUGGGGACGGGCGCGUCACCAGACGGCACUGAGAAACCGCAUUUUCCAUCUGAAUCGCAGGUCGAACAGAAGGAAGAUGAGAACAAUGACGAGAAUGAACCAACAACCCCAAAGAAAAAGAACAAAAAGAAGAAUAAGAAAGGAAAGGGGAAGCAGGAGGAGAGUCUCUGUGAAGAGAGAGUAGAGGAGGAGGAGGAGGAGGAGAAGCAACAGGUGUCUGGCGAUGGGUUGGGGUUGGGGUUGGAAACAGUGGACAUGCAAAAAGAGACAGAAACAGACCAAGAGGUCGAGGUGUCUGAGGAUGUAGACUUGGAUCGGGCUGGCGGAGAAACACCAGUCCAGAGUAUUCCUCCAAAGUCCCCCUUGCUCACAUCCCACCGCUUGUCGUCUGCCUCCUCCCUGGACGAGGUUGUUCUCACCAACAGCAAAGAAGAUCAACCAAUAGACGUGAACAGCCCACAAAUCAACUCGGAAUCACCACCUGUACCCCCCCAAGGACGAGGUGGCUUCGCCACCAAGCGGCUUGAUGGUGGACCCUUUGCAUGGUUCUCUCGAAGCUCGACUGGGGCCAAAGAUAUCAAAUCCCCACCCCAAGCUGGAACCAGACGAAACACUUCCACCUCGGUAUCGACUAUCGCUAGUAACCUCGAGCUAGGUGCAGAUGGAGAUGCGUCAAGUGUCAACUCAAGGAAGCCACGACGUAACAGCUUGAAGGAUCAAUUCAAGUUGCUUCGUAUGCGGGAGGAUACGACUUGGGCCGAGCACGACGAGGCUGUGACAUCGGGACCACCUAGCAUCGCCCACUCUGGAGCUAGCCCUCCAAUUAUACACGAAGAAAACGAGUCGCCAGUCUUGACUGCCCCUGUCACGACUCCUCCGGCUUUAUCUCCGGGAGCUACAACUCCAUUAACGAUUAACCCAAAUCUCGCUCCUGGAACCGUCUCUGGACUUGCCCGAUCGCCGUCCGAUGCGUCAACACCUGUCGACUGGGAACUCUGGCAGCAACUAGUGAACAAUGGACCAUCGGCGUUGGCAAAAUCGGAGGAGUUGAAUGCGGCUAUCAAAAGGGGUAUUCCACAAACCAUUCGAGGUGUCAUCUGGCAGAUUCUCGCGGAUUGCCAUGCGAGUGAAUUGGAGUACAUUUACCGGGAUCUGAUUGCUCGUGGAUCCGAUAAGGAUCGUCGACCUUCACAUGGUCAGAUAAAUGGGAUCAUCGAAGAAUCUACCUCGUCCUCGCGCUCCUCAAUCAGAUCUGACCACUCUGGGUCUGCCACACAGUCCUCUAGUAUGAUCCCUAGUCCUUCGCAAGAGGUAGAUCCCGAGAAACUGGCCCGGGAACAGGCAGCUCAUGCAAGUGCUCGCCUGAAGAAGGCCAACCUUGACACGACUGCUUUGCAGAAGCUGGAGAAGGUCAUUCGCCGGGAUCUUGGUUCUCGCACCAGUUAUUCGAAAUAUUUUGUCUCCCAGGGUAGCCAAGAGAGUCUGUUUGGGCUAUGUAAAGCCUACGCACUGUACGAUGAGGCUGUUGGCUACGCGCAGGGCAUGAAUUUUAUCAUCAUGCCACUGUUGUUCAACAUGGAUGAAGUGGAGGCCUUCGAGCUUCUUGUGAAGCUGAUGAAUAAAUACGGACUCCGAGAGAUGUUCAUUCAGGACAUGCCCGGUCUUCACCGUAGUCUCUUCCAAUUUGAGCGAUUGUUGGAAGACCUGGAACCCGCUCUUUACUGUCACCUUCGACGCCGCGGCGUUCCCCCGCAACUAUAUGCCACCCAGUGGUUCUUGACGUUGUUUGCUUACCGAUUCCCGCUGCAACUGGUUCUUCGUAUUUAUGAUCUGAUCUUCGAGGAGGGUCUCGAAAGCACCAUCCUGAAGUUCUCCAUCGCGAUUAUGAGGCGCAACGCCGAAGCGCUCCUGGCCAUGAAAGACAUGAGCCCGCUCACCACCUUCCUGAAGGAGCGGUUGUUUGACGCAUACAUCGACAAGCAGCCGUCAGCGACAUCUCUCUUAGAGUCUGGAUUCUUUGGAAGCUCUGGCGCAGCCGAUAAGGAAGUCUACCGAGCUGAUCUUCUGGUUCAAGAUGCUUGUGACGUUCCCCUUACCCAGGAUAUGAUCAAGUCUUACACUGCUGAGUGGGAAGAAAGGACUCGCACUGAGACAGAGCGUGAGGUGGAGCUGGAGAAUUUGCGACACACAGUGACUAUACAAGCUUCUCGAGUUCGUCUCCUGGAGGAACGUGCCGAGGCCUCUGAUAAGGAACAUGUGCAGCUCGCAUCGGAAUUGGUUCACGUCAAGGUUGAGAAUGAAGAACUCCGCGAUCUGAACGAUGCACUCAAGCUUCAAGUUACGGAGCUGAAGAAUGUGAUUGAGAAGCAACCAAUCGAGGUAGAAGAGAAGCUGCAGAUGGAGAUGGAGCGUAUCAUGAAACGGAACAUUGAGGUACAAAAUGAGAACCGAGCGAUGGAGGACUCCAUGGCCGAGAUGGAGAAGGAGCUUGUAGCAACAAAGAUGAAGUGGGCCGAGUUGUCUGAGAACCACGAGACUCUCAAACAGAAAUGGAGCGACCUUCGCCGUGCUCUUGACUGA